GGGGGGGGCGCGGGGUUGUCGCAGCCGCCGCCAUGGAGGCGAAGCCGGCGGACCCGCUCCUCUGCGACAGCCUCAUCCUCUGGCUACAGACGUUCAAUACAGCUGCACCCUGCAGAGAUGUCCAGGACCUGACUAACGGGGUUGCCAUGGCUCAGGUGCUUCACCAAAUAGAUGUUGCCUGGUUUGAUGCAUCUUGGCUCAAUCGCAUCAAAGAAGAUGUUGGUGACAACUGGAGAAUAAAGUCCAGUAAUUUGAAGAAGAUUCUGCAAGGAAUUAUGGACUACUAUCAUGAGUUCCUGGGUCAGCAGAUUGCAGAAGAGCUUAUUCCAGACUUGACCCGGAUAUCUGAGAACUCGGAUCCCACUGAACUGGGCAGGCUCCUGCAGCUUAUUUUAGGUUGUGCAGUCAACUGUGAGAGGAAACAAGAGCACAUACAGAAUAUCAUGACCCUUGAGGAGUCUGUUCAACACGUUGUCAUGACAGCCAUUCAAGAGCUCAUGAGCAAGGAAAUAACGAGUCCUUCCCCAUGUGAUGCAUCAAGUGAAGUGGAACAGCAGCUUAAAAAAGCCUUGGAAGAUCUUCAGGAAGCACUAGCAGAAAAAGAGGAGUUGGCACAAAGAUGUCAAGAGCUGGAUUUGCAGGUGGCUGCCCUCCAGGAUGAGAAAAACAGCUUGAUGUCAGAAAAUGAGAUUAUGAAUGACAGACUAGAGCAAUUAGACGAUUCUCUUGAUGAUCCAAAUACUGUGGUUGCAAAAAAGUAUUUUAAUGCACAGUUGCAGCUGGAACAAUUGCAAGAAGAAAACUUCAGACUUGAAGCUGCAAAAGAUGAUUAUCGUGUCCACUGUGAAGAUCUAGAAAAGCAACUGAUUGAGCUGCAGCAUAGAAACAAUGAACUGACUUCUCUGGCAGAAGAAUCAAGAGCCUUGAAAGAUGAAAAUGACAUUCUUAGGGCUACUGCAGACAAGGCGAGCAAGCUGGAGUCGACAGUGGAAGUGUAUCGGAAGAAGCUGCAGGACCUGAACGAUUUCCGCAAGCAGGUGAAGUCCCUGCAGGAGACCAACAUGAUGUACAUGCACAACACUGUCAGUCUGGAGGAUGAGCUCAAGAAAGCCAAUGCAGCACGAGCCCAGCUGGAAACCUACAAAAGACAGGUCCAGGAGCUUCAUAACAAACUGGCUGAAGAAUCCAAAAGAGCUGAUAAGCUGGCAUUUGAAAUUAAGCGAAUUGAAGAAAAAUAUGAAGCUUUAAUGAAAGAAAAAGAGAGGCUGAUAGUGCAGUGUGAUACAUUAAGAGAGACAAAUGAGGAGCUCCGGUGUACACAGAUGCAGCAGGAUCACCUCAGUCAAACAGGUGAAUCUCGUUUUAAAAGCCAUGACAAUCUUGCUGCUGAAAUUCUGCCAGUGGAAUAUAGAGAAAUGUUUAUUCGGCUGCAGCAUGAAAAUAAGAUGCUCCUGCUGGAGCAGGAAGCAUCACAAAAUGAACGGAUUGCAGAGCUCCAGGAACAGCUGGAGCAGAGAUACCGGUUAAUGAACGAGCUGCAAACCGAGAACAGGCUCAGUAAAGAGCGUAUUGGAGGAUUGUGCCAGCAGAUUGAAGAGAUGCAAAAGACUUUACAGGAGCAGGGGUCCAAGACUGAAGGAUCCAGCAACCUGAAGCAGAAACUGGCAGCACACAUGGAAAAGCUGAAUGAGGUUCAUGAUGAGUUGGAGAAGAAAGAGGCUGAUAUUGCAGAGCUCCAGCCUUAUGACAGUCAGAACCCCCAGAAGAUUGGAGAGCUGGAAGCAGCUUUACGAAAAAAAGAUGAAGAUAUGAAAGCAAUGGAAGAAAGAUAUAAAAUGUACCUUGAAAAAGCAAGGAAUGUGAUAAAAACCUUAGACCCCAAGCUAAAUCCAGCAUCAGCAGAAAUUAUGUUGCUCAGAAAGCAGAUAUUGGAAAAAGAGAAAAUAAUUGAAACAUUAGAGAAUGAACACAAAAUGGCCAAGCUACGUGACUAUGAGGAAAAGCUGAUUGUAACUGCAUGGUACAACAAGAGCCUGACUCUGCAGAAGCUGGGCAUGGAAGCCAGGCUGGUGGGCAGCAGUGGCAGCUGCGGGGCCGGGCCUGGCCGCUCCUUCCUGGCACAGCAGCGUCACGUCACCAACACCAGGAGGAACCUCACUGUUAAAGUACCAGGUGCAGCUUCUGAUUAA